AUACCAUAUCAGACCGGCGCACACUUGUAAAUGAAUACCUGGAUGAUGAGUUUCUUUGAGUCUGGUUCGGAAUCAGAUGUCAAUGCUAGCUAUCAAUGCUACUUUGCAUAUGCACGACCGCGACGUUGUCCAUUUAGUUGAAAAGGUACAAAUACCUGAUCUCAAGAAUGCAGCGUAUCUCCCAAAGCCCAGGUGUAUUGAAGGAAUGCUCGCUGGAAAUGAUAAUUGGCACAGCCCUGCGAGUCACUUCAAGGGAGAGCUCUACAAACCAUCUAACUUAUACUCGUUCAGGUUAGUGUAUUUACGCUGCUCUGGGGCGUGUCAUACUAGGGCCUAACAAUGACUUUA